CUUUUACAAAAAAUUAACUUAUAUUCUUCAUAAAUCUUAUUGUUGAUUUUUUUUACUAGGCUUAUUAUUAUUUUAUUCGACAUAAACGUCUAGCUUACAAUAAAUUAGAAGGAGCUCAAUGCUUCAAAAGCCAAUUAUUGUCGUCUGUAGCGGAGGUCUUUCUGGCCUUGUCUUCGCUCUUUCAUUAGCCGAAAUUUUUGUUACGAAAGAAAUUUCAGGAAAAAUUCUUCUUUAUCAUGAAGAUUAUAAAGUUCGUAAUUCGAAGAACCAGCUUUAUUCAAUCAAUGAGACAGAAAUCUUACACCUUCCACAAAGUGUCCGUGAUUAUGUAUCUCCUACAUAUUCUAUGCAUGAAUUAGAAGACCGACUUUUGGAAUUGAUUAAAAAACUUCCUAAGGAAACUGUCCAACUUAUUCACGAAAGGUUUGAUCCUGUACAAGCCAGUCAAGAUCUUAGAUUUGAUUUAUUAGUUCUCGCGGAUGGUUAUAACGUUAACCUUUGUGACGAAAAAGAAGUUAUUUCCAAUCAUUAUGAAUUAGAAAUUAACUUUAAUCUUACCGAUAAUCAUUUGCAGAGUAGUGAAAUAGAGAUCUUAUCUUUAUUUCAAACUAGAUAUUUGAUACAAUUCCAACAAAAUAAUCAAAGAGUUCUUAAAAUAAAUUUAUCGAAAUCUGAAUUCGACAAUAUUGAACUUGACCCG